AUGUCGCACCCAAAUGGUCAACAGGCCUACUAUGGCCAGUCGGGCAAUCCACCGACUUCUCAACCUACCUCUCAACCCGCCGCCGGUCGUUACGAGAGCUACACCUCGCAACCCAACCCCGCACAGACUCAGCAGCUGCCCAGACGAAUGCCAAGCUAUAACGCAGGAGAUGACUCGCAGCUCCUGAAUACAGCGCGACUGCAGCCGACACGGACCGAUGGGAAUGCGCGAUACGCGGUGCAAGGUGGAUAUGCCGGUCAAGGGGGGCUACAACAUAGGUCGCGCAUGUCGCCGACCCGCGCUUCAUCGCAUACGAGCAUGUCUAGCUAUGGGUACCGCUACCCCGGAUCGUCCGGGCAAGCGGCCUACAACCCGCAACAAUAUGCCCUUCCACAGUCCCAGACACAGCCCAACCUGAGCUACAAUCCAUUGUCAUAUACCAAUUCCAACAGUUCCUAUGGUUCGUCCUCUGUGUCGAGUCACCAGCCCUAUAACCCGGCAGCCUACCAGCCCACGGCGGUUGCAGGCCUGGCAUCGCCUACUCUCGCGCGGCGACCCAGCGAGGCUUCGCCAUAUGGAUAUACCCCUCCUACCCCCCCAGUCGCACGGAUUCUCCCAACAGCCUCCAAUGCCCCCCCCCUCGUGGUCCUGAUCACCCUUAUGGCUCACGACCCUCGCUGUACGGAUCCUCUCCUGCCUCCACGGGCCCGCCGACUGCGCCUCCCAUCUCGACAUCCUACCAAACAAUCUCUUCGCCCACUUCGGUCGACACCACGAACUUAUUACCCCACACCCCAAGGCUUCGGAUCUGACUCGCCCUACCCCUCCCACACGAUUCCUCCGGUGUCCAGCGUAUACGAGGACCAGCCCCCAGAGCCUCCUGUUCACCAACCCCAAGGAAAUGGUAUCUAUAGCAAACGUUCCAGCUUGUCUCAUUCGUCAUCGGGUCGAACUUUGCCUACCCCGCCAAUACAGCAAGAUCUCCCUGUCCUGGGGCCAAGACGAACUGACACCCUGACUCGACAUCCGCAAUCACGCCCCCUACCCGGACCACCACCCGACGCAGAAAAUGAUAUCGCCGAUCACGCCAAUGAUGAUCUGUUCAAGGAGAUUGAGAGCACGCAGGCCAGCUUCCGUCGACACAGUUCUCGAGCAUCGCAUGCUGGCUCGGCAUCGAACUUGCGUCUGUCGCCAGAUGAGCAGCAUACACACACAAAUGGGAACAUGGCAACGGGGACUGGCCAGUAUGUGAUUUACGAUGCUUUUAAUGACGGGAGUGAUGCGGAAGCCGAGGCGGGAGUCGCAAUGCUGCGCAUGGCAGAAGAAGAAGAAAAGGCCCGCGAAGAACGCAGCUUUUUACAAGGACGUCCUCGCGCGGAAACCAACGCCUCAAUUCGCAGCACUCGCUCCCAAAUAUCUCCAAGAGAUCUCUCCCGAGGGGCCCAUCACCUGCGGGCCCGUCACCAAACCACCUAUCUCCGAGGGGCAACUCACCGCGGCAAUUUGCACUAUGGUGAGGGUCCGACCUACAUACCCGAGGACACCUCCGAGCCUACUUCUCUUGGUCGAUUCCCAGGGACCUCUGGCUCUUUCAGAAGCUCUCACAUGUCGUCCGACGAACGUGGAGACUAUGUCGGCAACUAUGACCAUCCACAGAUCGCGUACGAAUAUGCGCAGCGACUUCACCAUCUUCCGAAAGAUGCUCGAGUGGAUGCUGGAGGCACUGGCGGCCUUUCAGCUCCUGGUAAUUUUGGGAGGCGGAUGAGCUAUGAUUACGGGGAGGAAGGUGACAGUCCAUAUGAGCAACAACCAGAGGAGGAUCACUCUGGCGAUGAAAGCCCCUACAGGGGAGCUGAAGAUCUUUUCUUCCACCCUGGUAUGCGUCCGCUACCGCCGGCUCCUGUUGAGCCAGCGAAUCAAACCGAGCUCCACUCGCAUCUGAUGCCUGCGGGCACGUAUCGACCACCGGAGCAGGAUGAGAUGCAGGGUUACACAGUGUAUAGACACCCCUCCUCUCCGACAUCAGCGGACUACUAUGAAGAUGCUUUGCUCAGUCCAUCUCAAGUCCCGCGGUCGUCGUCCUUGUCGACUCCCAUUGGACCUCGUACUGAUCCACCUAUCAGAUCGAAGACCGAUGCGGAUCGAGCCAAGUACAAGCAACAGCAGGAGUUCUUGUGGCAGCUCCAAGAGAAGGAACUGCCUAAGAUCGAUCCGGCCGAAGCCGCUGCCACCAUGGCAUUGGAUCUCCCUACGAUCCCCGCCGGUCGCCGCAAGAAGUUCAUUCCAACAAAGCUGUCCUCUGAACAGUUCAAGAAGUGUGCCGAGCCGUGGGCUUUGAGUUCUAUUCUGUCUUGGAUUCGAGAUCUCAGCGAGGAUGAGACUGAUCUUCGGGAACACGCCAUCGUGGAAGCGAUUGUGGCUUUGCUUACCCACAAGGUUCCGACCAUGAAUAUCGCUGAUGCCGAGACCUUGGCUGCUCGGGUUGUUAGCAGCAUGCUCCAGGAGGAGGCCUUGGUCAAAGAGGAAGAAUGGGUCAAAUUCAGCUCUGGUACCAUCUCGGGUGUACUCUUCCAGGUUACUGGUACUGGGUGUUACUCAUCGAAGCUCCACGAACACGAAAUUCACAUUGAGGAUACUGACUCUUAUGGUCGAUGCUAUUCUCAUCACUGCAUGAGAACAUUGAAGAAGGUCAACCUGAAGGCUCAAAUGAUGGCACCGCAGAAAAAAGCGGAGGAUUGGGUCACAUUCUACAAAAUUUCCAAGGAAAUUGUGAUUACAGAGGAUUCAUUCAUUGCCCAGCUAGAUGUCCUGCGAGAGCUCUAUCGAGACCAGCUGGCCAACAUGAACCCUUCAAUCAUCCCGACCAAGCGAUUGAAUAAAUUCUUGAGCGAUGUUUUCGGCAAAGUCGAUGCAGUGAAGAAGGCCAACGAAGACUUCUUACUCGCUCAGCUUAAAUACCGCCAAAAGGAACAGGGCCCCUUUAUCGGAGGCUUUAGUGACAUCUUCAGAGAAUGGAUUCGCAAAGCCAAGAAUACCUAUAUUGACUAUGCGGCGACAUUCCCAAACGCAAAUUACUAUGUUCGCAAAGAAGCCGAGCGAAAUGUUCACUUCAGACAGUUUUUGAAUCAAGUUCGCGAGCACAAGUUGUCAAAUCGACUCAGCUGGGAUACUUUCCUCAAGGCCCCGAUCACUCGUAUCCAGCGUUACACACUUUUGCUCAAUACGGUUCAUCGGAACAUGCCCAAAGACUCGGAGGAGAAGACAAACCUGGCGCAAGCAAUUGAGGAGAUCAAGGUGGUGGCGCUGGAGUGUGACAACAAGGUCGGUGAGAUGAACAAAAAGACGGACCUGAUGGAACUUGCAUCCAAGUUGCAGCUUCGUCCCGAAAUGAAGAAGGAAGUCGAACUUAACCUCGAGCACCUGGGCCGCGAGAUCAUCUUCCGAGGUGAUCUUCAGAGGCCAGGAACCCGCACAAGAUUCCUUGUCGAUACGCACGCCAUCCUGUUCGACCACUACUUUGUCCUCGCCAAGACCUUCACCACACGAGACCAAUCGCGGUCAUCGAAGUACGAGCGUUACGAUGUGUCGAAGCUGCCUAUCCCCAUGGAUCUGCUAGCUUUGGAAAGCACCAACGAUGACCCCGUCGUCAAAUCCUCUGUGAGAGGUGUCGCAACCGUGACGCCCCAGGGUGGCGUGAGCCCAGGACCUGGCACCUCCACAAAUGGAGGCACUACAACCCUUGAGAAUAAGGAUGAUAAGAUUUUGUUCCCAUUCAAGAUUAAGCAUCUCGGUAAGACUGGCACCUACACUCUUUAUGCUUUCUCUGCCCAAGGCCGAAUGGAUUGGUGUCAGAAAAUCAUUGAGGCGAAGACGAAACAUGCCGCUGCCCUUUUCUCUCAAAAUGCGGAGCCAUUUCGACUUCGCGUGCUGGCGGACACGGCGUUCGGUUACUCAGAACACGCGUCUGGAACGAAGAGUAUUACCAUCAAGGGCACGCCAUUGCAUCGGGCAAUCAAGGAGGUCGAGAAGAAGUACGAAGGGUCUGGGACCAGACCUGCUGCAGUUUGCAGGGCAAGCGUCAACUGUGCCACGGUCUUCCAGCAACCCCCAGGGCGACAAAUGUGUGCCGUGGGAACAGAUUACGGAGUGUACAUGUCUGAUCUCAGCAAUCCGCGAGGCUGGUAUCGGGCGAUUCCAAUCUUGCGGGUCACUCAGAUUGCCGUCUUUGAGGAAUUUAAUCUAUUCUUGCUCAUCGCCGAUCGGUCUCUUAUUGCAUACCAUCUUGACGUGGUCUGUCCUGCUAGUGGGGUUACUUCUCAAUCACAGGACUCGGCUCGUCGAGCCCCGCAAAAGCUGUCUGGGACCCGUGAAGUUGGUUUCUUUGCAGCAGGUCGGAUGAAGGAUAGAUACUUGGUCUUGUACAAGAAGCGGGACGGACUGUCUUCUACUUUCAAGGUUCUCGAGCCCAUCCUCCAGAAGUCAGCUUCAAGUAAGAGCCGCUUCUUCCAAUCCCGUCGUUCACAGACCGAAUUCUUCCGCGAAUAUGACGAGUUUUACAUCCCUGCCGAAAGUUAUGGCAUCAAUAUGUUCCACUCUUCCCUCGCCAUCUCUACCCAGCGCGGUAUCGAAGUUCUCACCCUGGACAAGAAGCAGUCCUGGUCCGUGCCGGAUUUUAGGUCUGAGACUUCCGAUGCCUCCGACACCCUCAUGAGCAUCGCCCACCGCAUCAAAGAUCUCCGACCACUGGGAAUGUUCCGACUGAGCGACAGCGAAUUCCUUGUUGCCUACCAGGAAUGUGCCGUCUAUGUCAAUAAGCACGGUGAUGUUUCACGCAGUGUGGUGAUGGAGUUUGUGGGUAGCGCACACACGGCCUGUCUACAUGGGAAAUUCCUCAUGCUGUUCAACGAUGACUUCGUCGAGGUCCGCAACGCCAUGAAUGGUCGACUUAGACAGGUCAUUCCGGGUCACAAUGUUGUUUGCCUGGACGAUGGCAGCAAGUUACCCGGAUCAUUUGGCCAGGCUAACACGAACACGAACAUGAGCGGCUUCACUGGAUCUAGCAAUGGCGUUUCGAUUGGUUCAACCCAGCAUACAGUCAAGAUUUGCAUGCAACAUCCUGAGCAUACAUCCAGUCAGAUUGUGUUGGAGCUGGUUGAGAACCAAGGCCAGAAGGAUUAG